CGUGGAGCCUCCGCGUUUCCCCGCGCGCCGGCUAUCUCCAUUCUCGUUCCCCAAGCUCGGAAAUCCUAAUUGUGGGGUCCGCGGCUGCGAAGCUCUCCAUCUAGCCGGUACAUGAGUUUCUUUUUGCGGGGAAGGUUGGCGAUAUACCUUCCCUCCGCGCAUGCAGCCCUGAUCUUACGAAUGCUUUCCGGGGGGGAGCGGGCAAGAUCUAGACUGAUCAAUCGCUCCCCGAUCCUUUGGUAGCCCCGCAUCAGAACUCCUUACCCCUCCUGUAGCACGCAUCUUAUAAACAGUCCGCCGGUACGUCCUCUCAACCUCUCCCCUUUCUCCUGAUCAGAGUGCCUCAAGAGCAUCGGCAACGACCUGCGCCAGCCUCAGAUUUCCUUGUGUCAGAACCCCCAUUCAUUCGACCCUUUCCUACCUCCAAAACUCCAAACAAACGUCUUCAAGAUCAAGAUGGGUGAUUCGUACGACUACAUCAUCUGCGGUGGCGGCACCAGCGGUCCGGUCAUCGCCGGUCGCCUGUCCGAGGACUCCAAUGUCCGCGUCCUCAUUCUCGAGGCCGGCAAGGACAGCGCCGACAUGACCAACAUGCACAUGGCAGGCGCCUGGACCAUGAACCACCAGGGCGAGACCGACUGGAACAUCAUCACCCCAGGACAAGAGGGUCUCCACGGCCGCACCGUCCACGUUCCCCGCGGUCGUUUCCUCGGCGGCAGCAGUGGAUGCAAUGGCACCAUCUGCGUUCGUGGUGUCCGUCAGGACUACGAUGACUGGGGUGUCCCCGAGUUCAGCGGAGACGAGAUGUUCCGGGCCAUGCGAAAGUCCGAAACCUUCCAUCCCGCCAGUUGGUUCCCGGAAGACAAAGCCGCGCACGGCACGGAUGGCCCCUUGCACAUCACCCCUGCGCCCUGCGGACCUCUGGGAGAGCUGUUCCUCAAGAACUACCAGUCCAAGGGCCUGCCCUACAUCCCCGACCUGUUCAGCUCGGGUGAGGCGGCCAAUGGCUGCGGUCACGCCAUGAGGACCACAUGGCAGGGUACUCGCACCACCGCCGCGGACUUCAUCACCAAAGACAAGAAGCGCGGCAACGUCACUGUCAGGUGCAACGUCACUGUCGACAAGGUCAUCCUCGAGAAGGGAGCCGAUGGCCUCUUGGUCGCAAAGGGCGUCGAAUUCCUGGACGAGAAGGGCAACAAAGCUCAAGCUCUGGCCAAGAAGGAAGUUGUCAUUUGCUGCGGUACCUACUGCAGCCCCGCCGUGCUGAACCGCUCUGGUAUUGGAGCCAAGAAGGAGCUCGACGCCGUCGGCAUCGAGACACUCGUUGACAUUCCGGGCAUCGGCAAGAACCUGUCCGAUCACCAGCUGAUCUUCAUCUACUACGAGUUGAACCGCGCCGGUCUUACCAAUGACGAGCAAGUCAACCACGACCCUGACGCGUAUGAGAACGGCAAGAAGGAGUGGGAGGAGAAGCGAAGCGGCUGGCUGUCGACCUUCCCCUUUGGCUCCUUUGCCUUUGCACGCUUGAACGACCGUCUCGACGCCGAGAACAAGGAGUGGCGCGAUAUGCCUCGUGAGCCCGGCCGUGACCCCAUGGGCCUUACUGCUAAGCAGCCCAACCUCGAGUUCUUCCACACAAUCUGCUACGGUGGACCACCUGAAUACACCGACAAGCCCAAGCCAGGCCAAUACGCCUUCGCCAUGUGCUGUUUCCUCAUGAACAUCCAGUCUCGCGGCUACGUGCAGGUCAAGAGCAAGGAUGCCAAGGAAACCCCGCUCGUCGACCACAAAUACCUCUCCGACAAGCGCGAUCUGUUGAUGAUGUCCGAAGGCGUGCGCUUCGCCAACGAGCUCGUCAUGACCGGCGAAGGCACCAAGGACGUCGUCAAGGGCGCCUGGCCGCCCGGCGCGACGCACCACCUGAACAAGUCGAACGAGGACUGGCAGCCGUUUGUGCAGAAGUACUGCUCCACCUCCUACCACCCGGUGGGAACAUGCAAGCUCGGUAAGGACAGCGACCCCACGGCCGUCGUCGGCCCGACGCUCAUCGUCAAGGGCUGCAAGAACCUCCGUGUGGCGGACUGCAGUGUCAUGCCGACUGCCCACAGCGGUCACACGCAGAUGCCGGCCUACGGUAUUGGUGAGCUGGCUGCCGAGUUCAUCAUCAAGGGCAAAUAGAUGUUCGAUUCCAUACAAUCUAGGCUGGCCCUCGAUGCCACGCGCGCCAGGGCAGCCUGGCCUGGGAUGCAGGUGUGCCGCCUUGGGGUUUCACGUUAUCUAGUUCAAAAAUGGUAUCCUGUGUAUAGCAGUUCUCCUGCGUUCUCUCCUUUGAUCGAUGCGAGGCAUUCGUGGAGGCUGAUCAUCACCGUAUUUGACCUUACCUG